CGAGAAGAGACGGCGAAACCAGCUCUUGAGCCGUGAUAAAUUUCCGGGCGCGAUCACGUUUCGAGUGCAACAAUAAUUUUGCUUAUAUAAAGAAGUGUGCUUGGCCAUUUAACAUGUUAAUUCUGCCAACUGUGCCAAAACCAUCAUAGCCAUGAACAAGUUUGCUACUUUCGCGGUCAUCUUCUGCGCCUGCAUCGUGGGCAGCUGUUACGCCAGCUACGGUGGCCAGGAGAGCUACGGAUCCCGCAGCUCCUAUGGUCAGGAUAGCUCCGCUGCCUCGGCUGCCAGCGCGGCGGCUGCUUCCGGAAACGAGGGUCAGCAGAGGGGCUAUGAGCGCCCUGUGGAGAUCAUUGCCGGAGGACCCCGUGGCGGCUAUGGAGCCGAGAUCCUGCGUCCCAUCCAGGUUAGCGGUGGAUACGGCGGCGAGCGUCGUGGCUACAAUGGCGGCAACUACCGUCGCGCUGGCUAUGGACCCCGCUGGACCGUCCAGCCCGCCGGCGCCACGCUCCUCUAUCCCGGCCAGAACAACUACAAGGCCUACGUCUCGCCCCCGGAGUACAGCAAGGUGAUCCUGCCCAUCCGCCCCGCCGCUCCCGUGGCCAAGCUGUAUAUCCCCGAGAACCAGUAUGGCAGCCAGUACGGCAGCCAGUACGGCAGCCAGAACGCUGGACCCCGCAGCAGCGGCUACUAGGCGCAUACUUGAUCUCGAGCCCGCCCACAGGGCGGAUACUCGAUCUCAGCCUGAUCAGUGUACAUAAUAAACCAGAGGAUAGAAAAUCAUA